AUGACCAAUACAGCCUACGCAGUAAACCAGUUGCUAGAGAAGAUGGACUCUAGUGACACGGACUUUCGAUAUAUGGCUACCAAUGAUCUUAUGAAUGAACUGCAAAAGGACGUUUUUACUAUAGACGAACCCCUGGAGAGAAAAGUUGUUGCUAAAAUUCUUAUUCUUAUGAACGACGCUAAUGGAGAAGUUCAAAACCUGGCCGUCAAAUGUCUUGCGCCUCUCGUGAAAAAGGUGCAUGAACCACAACUGCAAGAAAUCGUUGACAGGCUGUGUGAUUACACUACUCAGAAAAAAGAUGAAUUACGGGAUAUCGCUGGAAUAGGAUUAAAAACUGUAAUGAUCGAAUUGCCGAACAAUCCCAACUUGGUUAACAACAUUCUGAGUCGGCUAGUCCCCCGCCUUAUUCAACAGCUUGAAAAUCCGGAUACGCCGUACGAAGUGUUAACAGAUACCCUCGAUAUUCUAAGCGAGAUCUUGUCGAGAUUUGGUCUAUCUGUUGCCAAGUUCCAGAAACGAAUUCAGAAGAUCUUGUUGACGCAAUUGCAACAUUCUAGACCGGCAUUUAGAAAGAAAGUAACAAUAGCCAUGGGCCACCUUGUGGUACACAUAUCAGAUGAGCUAUUCAACGAAUUGAUUACUCAAAUAUUAAUGGAAUUCAAUAUGGCUGAUAAGCAACACGAAAGAUUAAAGACUCUCAUUCAAUGUGUGGGAACCUUGAGUCGAUCGAGUGCACCAAGGUUAGGGAAAUAUUUGCCCGAGUUUGUGCCCCACGUGCUUCGAACUUCCUCAGUCGAUGAUGAUGAGUUGCGAGAAAUUUGUUUGCAGGCUUUAGAGACGUUCGUCUUACGAUGCCCAACAGAAGUCACGCAAGACUAUUCAGACGAUGAUGACAUGUCAUGGAAAGUGCGAAGAUCUUCCUCUAAACUACUUGCAGCAAUCAUCGGAACUCGCCAUGAAAUACUAGUCAAACUAUACUUGGAGGUGGCACCCGCACUCGUUAGCAGGUUUAAUGAACGAGAAGAAUCUGUCAGAGUAGACGUAUUACACACGUUCAUAAUCUUAUUGAGACAGACAUUUGUAUAUGGUGGCGACUCGUACGUUUCCCGAGAAGGGGAAAGGGAAGCUAAGCGACGAAAGGCAUCAGCUGAGAUGGAUACUGAAGAAAGCCCGAAACAACUUCUUAGAGGCUUGAUUCCCAAACUUAGCCGAAUUCUAUCCAAACAACUCCAAACAACCAAAUCCAUCCCAACAAAACAAAUGGGCUUUGUACUUCUUCGUGAACUAGUCACGGUGUUGAACGGUGGUCUUGAACAGCAUAUUAAUCUCUUUAUUCCAGUCAUUGAGAAUGCGCUUACCACAUCACUCGACGCAAAUCAUCAUAGUAACACUAAUUCAAACCUCAAGAUCGAGACAUUAAGCUUUCUGCGCCAAUUGCUCAGAGUACACGCUCCACAUGUACUCCACCAACAUCUUGAUAGACUGUCACCACCAAUUACUGCAUCAGUAUCUGACAAGUUUUAUAAGAUUACGUCCGAAGCACUUAUUGUGUGUAUUGAGCUGGUGAAGGUUAUUCGUCCGAUCGGGCUCGAUCAAUCCAAUAUCCCGGAACUGAACCCUCAUUUUAAGAAAUACAUUAUAAAUAUCUAUGAAGAAACUAAUGCAAGACUUGCAAAAUUAGAUGCUGAUCAAGAAGUGAAAGAGCGUGCGAUUAUGUGCCUCGGCACUUUGCUAUCCCAGACUGGCGAUAAUCUUCAGGAGCAAUUAUCUGAGGCGAUGCCAAAGUUACUAUCUUUUCUUAAGAAUGAAGUUACUAGAUUGACCACUGUUAAGACGUUCACCAGUGUUGCAGAUAGUUCUGUAUGCUUUGGAUCUGAAGUACGAGCAGCUGUGUUACAAGCUGUAGGAGAAGUUGGACUAUUGUUGAGGAAAACUCACCGACAGUUGAAAGUUGCCAGUUUAAUUUGUCUUGAAGUAUUUGUAAGGCGUUAUGGCGCAGACAUGGAUCGUAAAGUUUACGAUUUCCUUCUCAAGGAACUUACGCCUCACAUCUCUGAUCAGGAUCUUCAUCUCCUUCCAUUGGCUCUCAACACUAUAGUUGCCAUUCUAAACGCUGAUCCUAGUACAGCAAGAGAAGUGGAUCAAUACUGUCUUCCUGCUGUCUUUCAACUUGUCCAAUCUACCCUUGUCCAAGGUGCUGCGCUGCACAGUUUACUGAAGUUGUUUGCGACAUUGAUCAAGACCGACGAGGAGCGAUUUGACGUGCUCCUGGCUAAACUGAGGGAACCUGUUGAGUUGUCAUUACCGAACCAGCUAGCUCUGUCAAAGCAGGCUUAUUCUACCAUCGCACAAUGUAUAACUGUUCUUUGUGUUGAAUCUUCACCUGAUAUAGCUGAUGAUACCGUAAACGAUUUCAUAGAGAAGAUUCAGAUUCAGGAAACUCCGGAAUCGAUUACAUAUCUUUCUUUGCUCACACUUGGAGAGAUUGGUCGCCGCGUAGAUCUGAGCUCACACACAGACAUACACCAGUCGGUAUUACAAUUAUUUUCCGCUUCAUCUGAAGAAGUCAAAUCCGCUGCUGCUUUUGCACUUGGUAACAUAAGUGUAGGCAACGUUCGCAAGUACUUGCCGAUAGUCAUAAGCGAGAUUAAAAAUGAUCCAAAAAAGCGGUAUUUACUAUUACAUGCCCUUAAAGAGAUAAUUACACGAUAUUCUAAUGAAGAGGGAAUAAAGGACUUGGGUCCAUUUGCUGAGAGUAUUUGGAAUAUAUUGUUUGAUAGUGGUGAAGGAGUCGAAGAAGGCACUAGAAAUGUUGUUGCUGAAUGUGUUGGUAAAUUAACAAUGGCAAAUCCAAAUACAUUCUUACCCGAGCUACAGAAACGCCUUAAAUCGUCUUCAGCCGAGACGCGCGGUACCGUGGUGACUGCUAUCAAAUACACAUUUGCCAACGAGGGACAAGACUACGACGAACUAUUGCGACCAUUGAUUAUGGAAUUCUUGUUGCUAAUAAGAGAUAGUGACCUGAACGUCCGUCGGCUGUCGUUAUCCACAUUUAAUUCCGCUGCUCACAAUAAACCAUACUUAAUCCGGGAUGUAUUAAAUCAAUUACUGCCUCUAUUAUACAACGAAACUUACGUAAACCCAGAUCUAAUUCGCACUGUUGAAAUGGGCCCAUUUCAACAUCAAGUGGAUGGUGGUUUGGACAUUCGAAAGUCUGCCUAUGAAUGUAUGCACACAUUGCUAGAGACAUGUCUAGAUAAACUAGAUAUCUUCCGUUUUCUGGAUCGAGUAUUAGCGGGUUUAACAGACCAUCACGAUAUUAUUUUCCUCUCACACACUAUGUUGAUUCGUUUGGCCAAUAUCGCUCCGACAGCCGUGAAGCAAAAACUCGAUGAUACAGUAGAUCCGCUAAAGACUAUAUUAAACACUAAACUCAAAGAAAAUGCUGUUAAAGCCGAAGUGGAGCGUAACAAUGAGUUGCAACGGUCUGCUCUCAGAGUUAUCAUUCAUCUAAGCGCAUUACUCGAGACAGCGGGACACGCACCAAAAUUCGAGGCCAUGACUCGGGAAGUUAAACAUGGUCAGUUAAGCAACACGUACAAGAAUCUGGUUACCGAGCUGGAAAACAAGGAUUAUUCUACGAGGGUAGAUGCUAUGGAUUUGUCAUAA